AUGUGGGAGCAACUAAAGACUGAAGAUGGCCAGGUUUAUUACUAUAAUCCAGAAACUCAUGUGAGUUCAUGGACCAUACCUGAAGGAGAAACAGAUGAAGGAGAGGAAGGGGGUAGAGGAGGAGGAGGAGGAGAUGGUGGUGGUGGAGCUGCUGUUGCUGCUCCUGCUGCUGCUGCUAGUAGUUCGUCUUGGCAGGAGUUUAUCACAGAUGAUGGACAAAAAUAUUACUAUAAUGAAUUGACUGGGGAGACGACCUGGGACAAGCCAGAUGAAAUGGUGGACGAGGGAGAAAAGAAUGCAGAGGAAAAGAGGAAAGCGAGUGAAACCACUUCAAUUGAAGAAAGUCAAUUGGACAAAAAACUCAAAGAGGAGCCGGUACAGCUUCCUUCAACAAUGAAAUCUUUUGAGGAAGUUGAAGAUAAAGAGCAGGUCUUUUUACAAUUAUUGAAGGAUGCUAAUGUCGAUUCUACAUGGUCUUUCCAAGCAGUGAUGGAGAGGCUUAUUGACAAACCCGAGUACUGGGCGGUGACUAAUCCUCUAACAAAGAAAAAAUUAUACGAAGAGUAUUUGGUAAACAAGUUUCAAACAGAGAUGAGUAACGACACAAACAACAAAAGUGAACUAGUUGAUACUUUUGUGAAAAAUUUCAAUAAUGAAUUGCUACGUUUAAAGAGUGAAAAUAAGAUUAAUCAUACCACCAGGUGGGUCUCUUUAAAGAAAUUGCUCAUUGAUGAGGAAAACCCAAUUUUCAAGCACUCGGUAGUGGACGACAAGGAAAUGGCCAAAUUGUUUUACAAGUUUUCCAAUAGUCUUAAACAGGACCAUCAAAGAGAAGUCGCCAAACUCAAGGAACAGGCCCUCGAGGAGCUUUACAAAUAUUUGAAACUGUUAAAUCCGACUUUGGUAUCGGAAUCGAAAACCUUUGAAGGAUUUUUAUCGAGAUUAGUUAAGGAUCCAAGAUUUCAGCAGAAUAAGCAUUUUGAAGUUUUGAAAGAUUUAGAUAUAUUGAACUUGUAUGAAACAAAGCUAUACCCAGAUAUUAUUUUGGAUUUGAAAACUCGCUUACAUCGCAAACAAGAGGAGAAUUAUCGACUAGAUCGUAAGGCAAGAAAAAACUUUCGAGAAUUGCUAACCAAAUUGAAACUCGUGGCAAGCACUAAAUUUUCCGAUAUCUUCAAGAAAAUUGAGGAUGAGGAUGCUUUCAUUGAGUUAUGUGGAAGGAAUGGUUCCACGCCAUUAGAGUUGUUCUGGGACGUCAUCAAUGAGAAGAAACAAUUUAUCAAAUUGAAGAAGGACUUGGUAGAAAACAUAAUACAAGAUUUGAAAAGAAAACGCGAAUACGAACCAAGUAUGUGGGACUCUUUUGAAAGUUUUGUCAAUAAGUUGAAACUGAUAAAAGAUGACAAUAGGUUAUUGAAUCUCGACUUGAAUAUCGAAACAGCAACAGCUAAAGAUAACGAAAUUAUGCAAAUUUACAAAACCUUAAAACACGAAAAUGAAAAUGAAAAUGAAAAUGAAAAUGAAACAAAGAACAAGAUAGUUGAAAAUGAAAUGCAGAGCAGGAAAUCUGAAAAUGAAAUACAGAGCAGAAAAGCUGAAAAAAGGCCAGCUCCGGAAACACACCAGCUUUCAAGUACUCCUAGACCCAAGAAAGCUAAACGUGAAGUGAAAAAGGUUUUAAAUUAUUAA